AUGGGAAGCACUGGAAUGGGCGAGUUACCAGGACCAGUGACAGAAAAGCUGCAGAUUUCCCUCAAAGUGGAUUCAGAGCAUCCUCUAACGCCUCACGCUCCUGCCACCAAAUAUUACAUGGCCCUGGUCACGGGAGACCUGAGAAGCCUGGAGGUCCUGACUGACCGAUACUAUCAAGAUGUCAACCUGGUUUUUGAGAUCAGUAAAAAUGAGCUGGAGUGGCAGGUGAAAAGCCAAGCAUCUUAUGGACUCUCAGGGCUGUGGUCGCUGGAGUACAAGCGGGAGGUGACCACCUCACUGUGCCUGGCCGCCCGCCACGGACACACUGCCUGCCUGCGCCACCUCCUCUGCCGACGCGCUGACCCCAACCUGGCACCAGGGGGGCUCGGGCCCCUGCAUGAAGCCUGCCUGGGAGGACACACUGACUGUGUGGAGCUGCUGCUGGAGCACAAGGCUGACCCUAACCUGCGGAGCGAUGAGGGCCUGGCCCCGCUGCACCUCUGCACUACCCAAGACUCCUUGGGAUGUGCCAAGCUCCUGCUGGGACAUGGAGCCUCUGUCAACUUGGCCAGUGAGGACAGUGGAGAGACAGCCCUGCAUGUGGCAGCCAGGCACUGCCUCUGUGACCAUGCCCGCCUCUACCUGCGGCACGGGGCCCACGUUGACGCACGCAGCACACGGGAGGAGACAGCCCUCAACGUCCUUUGUGGGCAGGCUCCGGGCACCGGAGAGGGCUGUCUGCAGCUUUGUCGGCUGCUGGCUGCCCACGGCGCCAACAUUGAUGCCUGGGAUGAGACACGGAGGAGCCCCUUGCACAAGGCGUGCGGGGCUGCCAACGCCAUCCUGGUGCGCUUCCUCCUGCAGCACGGGGCCGACGUCAAUGCCAUCGACUAUGGCGGUGUCUCCCCACUCUGCUGUGUGCUGCAGACUGCUGCCUUCAAGAGCGAGCUGCAGCCCCACCUCACCGUCCAGCUGCUGCUCAACCACGGCUCCCAGAAGAUAUGGCCCCCUGCCUUCGUCAAGGUGCUGAAUUCCUGUGCAGCUGUCCCAGAGAUCGUCGAAGUCCUCUUCAAUUCAUACUCUCAACUCCCUAUCUCUGAGAAAUGGGCUGAAGCUGUACCAGAGGAGGUGUUUCAGCAGCACCAGCCCUUCUAUGAGUCCUUUUUCCAGCUGGUGGGCACAGUCCGGUGCCUGCAACAUUUAUGUCGCUCUGCCAUUCGGAAGAAGUUUGGCAGCAAAUGCCAUUGCCUUAUCCCAUUGCUGCCUGUGCCCAAGGCUUUGCAUGAUUACCUGCUGCUGCAACCUGAAGGAGUCAUGCUUUGA